CAUAUAGUCACAACCCAACCUGAAUCAAUGGAAAGGGUGAACAAUGUAACUGAAUUCAUCCUACUUGGUCUAACCCAGAGUCGGAACCUGCAGAAACUCUUGCUUCCUAUACUAUUUGUUAUCUACUUUCUGACAUUGGCAUGUAACCUGCUCAUCUCCAUCACCAUCUUCAUCAGUCCAGCCCUGGGAUCUCCCAUGUACUUUUUUCUCUCCUAUUUGUCCAUCGUAGAUGCUUUAUACUCAUCCUUCAUAGUACCCAAGAUGAUCUUUGACUUGAUCUCUGAAAGGAACACCAUAUCCUUCAAUGGCUGCAUGACUCAGCUCUUUUCUGAACAUUUACUGGGAGGAUGUGAAAUCAUCUUGUUAGUUAUCAUGGCCUAUGACCGCUAUGUAGCCAUCUGUAAGCCCUUGCACUACAUGACCAUCAUGAGGCGGAAUGUGUGUGCCCUUCUGGUGGGGCUGGCUGUGGUUUCAGGGUUUCUUCAUGGAGGAAUCCAAGUUUUAUUCACAAUUCAACUACCGUUCUGUGGCCCCAAUGUCAUUGACCACUUUACAUGUGACUUAGUACCAAUACUGAGUUUAGCCUGUACAGAUACACACAUAUUAGGACCUUUGAUAGCUGCCAACAGUGGGUCAAUGUGCUUACUUAUCUUUUCCAUGUUGAUUACUUCUUAUAUCAUCAUCCUUUACUCCCUGAGGAAGCAUAGCUCUGCUGGGCGCCGCAAAGCCCUGUCUACCUGUGCCUCUCACAUCACCGUGGUCAUCUUUUUCUUUGUACCUUGUAUAUAUCUGUACUUGAGACCCUUAAGCAUCUUUCCCAUUGACAAAGCGGUGAGUGUGUUUUACACCCUAGUAUCCCCCAUGUUGAACCCUCUAAUCUACACCCUCAGAAAUGCAGAGGUGAAAAAUGCUAUGAAGAAACUUUGGGGGCAAGUAAUGAAAACAAAAGAGAAAUAA